AUGAUUCUGAAAGGUGUGACGGAGUCUGCUAUAGGUGUGCUUGUGACCCAGUUCAAGGCGAAUGCUGGCAGCAAUGGUUCCUCUGACACACUGAGCAGAGAUGAGUUCCACAGUCUGGUUACAUCAGAGCUCCGUAACUUUAUCAAGAAUGCUGCCGACCCCGCUGCCAUUGACCAACUCAUGAGCUCAUUGAACAAGAACAAUGACGGAGAGCUAAACUUCCUGGAGUUCUGGCUGCUAAUUGGGCAUCUUGCAAGCAAGCAUGGGGGGUUUAGCCUAUAGAGUGUCCUCAGUUACUCUGUUACAGUUUUAUGUGUUACCGACUUGUCUGUGUGCCAUACAGUUUAAAAUAAAUGUGAAAACAGCCAAAUGGAAAAUACCCUAAAGUCAAUUUCAACUGCACAACGCCGUGUUUUUACCAGUAGUGUGUGUUUCUUCUAACACAGUCCUCUCACCAGCAACUGCCAAACUGGCACAGACUGUUACAGAAUACUAUUUCAGCAAUAUUAGAACCAGUACUAGCUGUUUCCCAGCAUAAACACAAACACACACUCACAGCUGCUUGUGCUUGCAGGUCUAUGAGGGAGUUUAACAUCUCCUUCCUGGAAACAAACAGAGGUGUGGCAGAUCAGGAUUUUCUGUUUAAAGGUGGAAUUAAAAUGUCAACAAAAUGUUUUUAAAAACAAAGUGUGUGUUUCUUGCUGCUCAGGCCUAAAGAUGACAGUUUGUUCAAAUGUUUCCUUUCUACUGAACACUAUCUUUCAAUUCUUUGCACAAGUGAGUAAAGUUUCAGGGUGUGGCUUGAGUACAUCUGUCUGUUGGGAAAGCUUUGAA